AUGACCCAUCUACAACUGGUCGAGCUAGUCGAGCUGGCGGCGAUCCCAAGUCCCAAGAUCCAAGAUUCUCCGCUCCAGAAGAAUAUAUUGAUGCGUGUUCUUUUCUAUUUGCGCGUCCAUCAUGUCUCUUGUUUCGCAAUGGCUUCAUUCAUUGGUCUUGCUGUUGCGGCACUGUUUUUUGGACUCUCUAAGACUGUGAGGGCUGCAGUGCCCAGUCCACAGUCAAUUGGCUCUGAUCUGACCAUCCUCACACAUAAUGACUUGUAUGGAAAUGCGAGUUCGAGACAAGCCGCCGUAAUAGUCCUGAGUACGCCUCAAUCGCAAGACAAAGCUCGGUCAAACUGUGCCGCCAUUGGAGAGACGUUGUGGGCGCUAGGAAAUAGUACAAAAGAUCUCGGGUUUUUACGAUAUUUGGACUACGACAAGACUACCAACGAGCGGUCGGUGCACUGGAUUGGAGGAAGUUCUGGAUGUCGAGCGAUAACUCCGGAGGGAGAGAUCCAGACCAUCUCGUGUGGAACCCAACUGCCGGCCCUGUGUUCGCAGUCGGCUCCCUUGAGCUCGCCGGCAGAUGCUGAUGCUGGCCCAAAAUGGCAGACAUCGAUCAACACCGGAAUCCAAACGAUCACAGGGUUCCGAGACAAGUUUUCCUUCCGGUUCCUAGGUAUUCGCUACACCCCUCGACCUGCUAGAUUCGGAUACUCUAAAUAUCAACCGCAAAGCGAGCCGACCCAGGUGUCAGGGCUAUCUUACGCGCCGAUGUGCCCCUAUCCCACAUGUACAGAGCCAAAAUGCUCCGAAGAUUGUCUCUUUCUCAAUAUCUGGACCCCAUAUCUCCCCAAUGGCGGUUCUGGAUCAAACAAGAAGCCAGUCAUGCUCUGGAUCCAUGGUGGCGGUUUUACAACAGGAACGGGCUCCGACCCAACGUUUGAUGGUGGGAGCCUGGCUUCGAGAGGCGAUGUUGUGGUCGUCACUAUCAACUACCGUCUGUCUACGCUAGGUUUCCUUGCCUUAAGCAACACCACUAUCAAGGGAAAUUACGGGCUGAGCGAUCAAAUAGCCGCGCUUGACUGGGUGCGCGGGCACAUCGCAGACUUCGGUGGUGAUGGUGAUAGGAUUACAGUCUUUGGCCAGUCAGCGGGUGCCGCAUCGGUCAGGGCUCUGCUUGCAUCUCCGAUGGCCAAAGGUAAAUUUUCAGGAGCGAUUAUGAUGAGCAAUCCAGGCGGCUCAGGGUACGCUUCGACGUUCUCUCGAUACAUGACCAUCGAAGAGUCCACGCAACAGACGAAGGCGCUCUUAGACGAGGUUGAUUGCCAAUGGAUGAAUAAGACGGAUAGGAGUGUACAGCUUGCUUGCCUCCGAGCUCAAGAUCCCGUGAAGUUGGUAACUUCGGCAAACGUCGCACGGUUAGUCAUUAAGCGGAGACUCGUUGAUGGCACAUACCUGACGAGUAAUGAAUUGCUCUUGAAUAGAUCCGCGUCCUUCCAGAACAUCCCCGUGAUGAUUGGUGUUAUGCGAGACGAUGGUGAUCCCUUUUCGAGCUUCUCAACAAGUUCAUCCCCUUCUCAGGCACUUUCGGAGCAGGGCUUCAAUGCCACGGCCAUUCUUGGAUCCAAUGCAUUCGCCGUCCCCGAAGGCAAUAAUACAAGAUAUAAUAUCUUCAACCUAACAUCUCGAGUCACAACCGACGCGGCCUUCCGUUGCCUAGCUCAAUCAACAGCUGUCGCUGCGGUAAAGAACUACGUCUUUGCCCCAGUGUACUCUUAUGAAUUUCACCGGGGAUAUCAAAUCAGCGAGUGGAGUCCUAAUCCUCCCACCUGCGAAGCUCCGAUUACAGCUGCUCGCCCCUAUGGUGAUACGGCCCAAGAAUACUUCAAAUGCCAUAGUGGGGAGUUGUAUUAUGUGUUUGGAACGCUUGUGCGCCAAGGGCGACCACCCCGGGAUGACAGCGACAUUCCUUUCUCACAAUAUGUUGUCGACACUUGGACGGCGUUCGCAAGGAACCAUAAUCCUAACCCGAGCUUGGAUUUCCUUGCUGCGAGGGGGUUCACUAAUACAUCGACCGCCGUAAGCGAAUCUGGCUCGUGGGAGCCUGUAAAAGCAGAGAAGCCAAUGGUGAGGAUUUUGGAUAAGAAUGUAAGAGAAGAGGGGUUUAGAGAGCUAGAACAGUGUGCUGUCCUAGGGUAUCCGCUAAAGUACUAUGAGUACUAUGAUGAAUCCCUAGAAGAAGAUGUCGUACAAUGA